UUCACGAUUGGGCACUGAGUCGUUCUUCCAACUUCAUCUCGCCCAAGCGCAAAACGCUUCACAACACCCUUCGGCCCAUUCCUACCCGAGCCACCAUCGUGACCUUGCCUCUGCCAUUUAUGUGUCACAAUGUCCUUCUUUGGUAGCAAGAAGGCUCCGCCUCCGCCUCCCCCGCCUCCUAUCCCUCGCUCCGGCCCGGAAAUCGAUGCAACAACUGUCGUGUCGCUCCUAGCACUCCUGGCUCUUCUCGGCGGCGCCUAUGCAGCAUCCGUCAAAGUCUUGCCCAAAGCCACGACCACAAAGACGCGUGUUCUGUUCAUCUGGCACCUAUUCGACGCUCUGAUCCACUUUGUCUUUGAAGGCUCCUUCCUCUGGAAUUGUUUCUUUGUCACGUAUUCGCUCCCCACUUCCUUCUCGUCCGCAUCGCGCCAUCAUCCACAAAUCACCUUCUUCACGCCUCCGGAUGUGUAUUGGCUCGGUCGGGAGGAUUUGCUCUACGGCGCAAACUAUGGAACCGGUCCGUUCAGUCGACUGUGGCAGGAGUAUGCGAAGGCGGACAAGCGAUGGGGUGGUACCGAUCUGACCGUGGUUACGCUCGAGAUUCUAACGGUUUUCGUGGCUGGCCCAUUAGCGUGUUGGAUUUGCUAUCUCCUCUCCAAGGAUGAAAAGAAAGGCGUGCUGAAAAAGUAUUUCUGGAUGAUAGUUCUAGCCACAGCAGAGAUAUAUGGAGGCUGGAUGACGUUCGCACCUGAGUGGCUGACAGGAAGUCCCAAUCUCGAUACUAGCAACUGGAUGUACCUUUGGCUCUAUCUUACAUUCUUCAACGGUCUCUGGGUCAUCUUUCCUCUCUGGAUUCUCUAUGAAGCCUAUCAGACUAUCAGCUCCGCCAUGUCGCGUGCUGAAGUGGUCGACCUGGUGAAUUAUCUGAAGAAGGACUAAGUGGUCUUCCACGUAGGCAUCGGUGGUGUUGCCAAGGGAUGGUACACAUGUAGUGGUGCUUCCUCGGGAAGAUUAUCUACCAGAGAAGUCUACAUGAAUGCUUUCUCGGCAAGAUUAUCUUACCAGAGCGCGUACUCCACGACUGUAUGGUCAUGACUCGGCCUCCAAGAAGGAAGGAAAGGUAUGCGUUGGUAUUCUAGAACACUUCAGAGUCUUCGUUGUUCAUCUCCCGCGCGUACCCACAUGUUGCAGCACAGAUAACACGGCCUGGUAGCAAACUAGCUGUCAACUUAUAAAAUGGAUUCUCUACAUUAUUAUUAUCCACAUCAUCCUACAAGACGAAAGACGUGUACAAACUAAAACAAGUCUUGUUAUGC